AUGGCGGCGGCAGCAGCAUUACCCUCAAUGCCCAGGGCCAUUCCCCUCGACCUUGGGAAGUGGAUAGCUGCGAACAACGAUAAACUUCAGCCUCCAGUGAGCAACUACUGUUUAUACUCUGGGGAAGACUUUACACUCAUGAUCGUGGGAGGGCCGAAUUCUCGCAACGACUUCCACGCAGUGAAUGAGACGGAAGAAUGGUUCUAUCAGAUCAAAGGGGACAUGACCCUGCGCCUCGUGGAUCAUGGAGAGAUCAGGGACAUGACCAUCAAAGAAGGCGAAAUGUUUCUCGUGCCAGGCAACACGCCUCACAGUCCCAUCCGAUACGCGGACACUUAUGGGCUCGUGAUGGAGAGGAGGCGGCCUGAGGGGAGUGUCGACCGUCUGCAAUGGUACUGCUCAAAGGGUCACCAUGACAAGCUUACCAUGAUUCGGGAAGACUCUUUCCACUGUACCGAUCUGGGAAAGCAACUGGUGGCUCCGAUAAAUGCUUGGAAGUCAGAUGAGAACAAUCGGAGGUGCCCCGAGUGUGGCCAGGUCGAGGAUCCUCAGUAG